GAUGAAUCAACCGAAACUUUUACAUGUUACAUUGAGAGAUUAGAGCUUUUCUUUAUCGCCAACGACGUCAAAGAUGAAAAGAAAAAAGCUUCUUUAUUGAGCUUAAUUGGCCCAAAGACUUACACACUUCUUCGAAGCUUAACAUCCCCACAAAAACCGAAAGACAAGACUUACAACGAAAUAAUCAAACUCCUCGAAAACCAUCUAUCCCCCGUUCCACUGGAAAUCGCCGAACGCUUCAAGUUUCACCAGCGUUGCCAAGGACCCAAUGAAAACAUCAACACUUUCAUAGCUGAAUUAAGGAAAUUGACUGAACAUUGUAACUUUGGUGCUUUCUUGGCCCAGRCCCUCCGAGACCGUUUCGUUUGCGGCCUAGCACAUGAAACUAUACAGAAAAGGUUACUAUGUGAAAGAGAACUCACCCUCGAAAAAGCAAUAACAACCGCACUCGCCAUGGAAAAAGCUACCAAAGAUGCAAAUUCUUUCCAUGAUCACAUUGCUGUGGAGACUCGUGAACACGACACGUCACGUCAAAAACAAGUUUUUAAGCUGGAAAAAUCCAAGAAGUGUAUGAGCUGCGGCAAGUCAGGACACGCCCGCAAGGACUGCCGUUUUUACAAYGCCACAUGCCAUAAUUGCAAAAAACGUGGACACAUAUCAACUGUUUGCAUGUCCAAACAAUCACCACCUAACGUCACUCACUCACUCGAUGAGGAGCUGGUAGAGCAAGGAGAAGAGAAUGAAAUCCCAUGCAUGCACAUAUACAGAUGCACUGGAAACAACAAUCCUCCGAUAACAAUCAACGUUGAAAUUGAAGGGUCACCAGUCAGCAUGGAACUUGACACUGGAUCAUCAGUAUCUAUAAUACCCAACAACGUCUAUGAGAAAAUCUGCAGGCACAUAAAGUUGAAGAAAACCGUCGUCAAACUCCGAACGUAUGACAAUGGACUGAUAACUCCUAAAGGAGUGAUUGACGCAGAGGUCACGUACAACGGCGAACACCGCAUUGCACAGAUGUACGUGGUAGAUGGACCCCGAGUUGCUCUCUUCGGACGCUCCUGGCUCAACRUCUUCAAACUUGACUGGCCGUCCAUUAAACUAGUGCAAGCCAAGAAUACGCCACUUGAAAACCUACUCGAGAAGUACCGUAACGAUGUAUUCGGCGACAAAUUGGGCUGUUUAAAGGGAUUCCAAGCCCAAUUGCAUGURCGCGAUGGAGCCACACCAAUCCACCUGAAACACCGUACAGUUGCUUUUUCAGUGCGACCAAAGAUUGAGGCAGAAUUAGACGAAUUGGAGAAGCAAGGAAUCAUAUCCCCUAUCUCUAACAGCGAGUGGGCAACCCCAGUUGUUCCGGUUAUCAAGACAUCUGGAAGCGUACGUCUAUGCGGCGACUAUAAGGUCACAGUAAAUCCAGAACUUGUAGCCGAUACAUACCCGCUCCCUACGUUGGAUGACCUCCAAGAAAAGAUGAAUGGCGGAGUUUUAUUCUCAAAACUGGAUUUAGCCAAGGCGUAUUCCCAGAUCCCAGUACACGAGUCCUCCAGGCAAUACACCACCCUCACGACACACAAAGGACUCUAUGCCUACAACCGACUGCCAUUCGGCGUAUCUUCCUCAGCAGCCAUUUUUCAAAGACAGAUGGACCGCAUCUUCAAGGAUCUUCCACACGUUCUAUGCUACCAAGACGACAUCCUAAUCACCGGGAAAGACCACGAUCAGCACUUAGCGACCCUCACAGCAGUAUUAAACCGAUUGCAGGAAAAUGGACUUACAGUAAAGAGGGAGAAGUGUGAGUUCAUGAAGCCUUCGCUGCAGUACCUCGGUCACAUGAUUGAUAAAGAUGGCAUUCACCCAGUACACGAUAAGGUAGAGGCAAUCAAGACUGCCCCACCACCCAACGACGUGUCGCAACUUCGCGCUUUCCUAGGUCUCGUUAACUAUUAUCAAAAGUUCCUGCCGAACUUAUCACACGUGUUGCAUCCACUACACCAACUACUCCAAAAGGAAAUCCAGUGGUCUUGGACAGGAGAAUGUCAAGCAGCUUUCGACCAGGUUAAAUCUAUGAUAACGGUGCAGAGUGUGCUUGUACCGUACGACCCCAAGAUGCCUGUAAUUCUUGACUGUGAUGCGUCUGCAUAUGGCCUCGGCGCGGUGUUGUCUCACCGUCUGGUCGAUGGAUCAGAGCACCCUAUCGCUUUCGCCUCAAGGACACUAAGUAAGAGCGAACGCAACUAUGCUCAGAUUGAUAAAGAAGCGUUAUCGAUAAUAUUUGGAAUAACGCGUUUCCACGUUUACCUGUACGGGAGGCAUUUUACACUGCGUACAGAUCACCAGCCACUCCUCGCUAUACUUGCGCCCUAUCACCCAAGGAGCAAUGGACAAGCGGAAAGGUCCGUGGAAACUUUCAAGCUGGCGUACAAAACGGGACAAGGACCACCUUCCCAACGUAUAGCUAACUUCCUUCUGCAAUACCGUAAUACAUCGCAUUCAACUACCCAUCAGUCUCCGGCCAAGCUGAUGUUCGGCAGAAAUCUGCGCACUAGGAUGGAUUUGCUCUUGCCAUACAAUCCAAGACCCCAACACCCGAUGCCCACUGUCUUCGAGCCAUCUCGCUCCUUCCAAGAAAAGCAAAUGGUAUGGUACAGAGAUUUUACCUCAUCAGCAAAUAAAUGGGCUAAAGGCCAAGUAAUCUCCAGACUCGGCGGCGCAAUGUAUAAGGUACAACCGGACUCUCAUCCAACCCAGACAGUACGACGUCAUAUAGAUCAAUUAACGCCUUGCACCACGAAUUUACAAGAGACCGGAAGGUCUGCCGAAGAUUCAUCCCCCAUUCAACGUCCCUCAGACAUUCCCAGUCAAAGAGAGGAAGAGAUGCGUUUGCAAGACUACCAGCUACCUAAAACACCACCUGGAUCCAUGUUCUCUACUGAGGUUACACAGAGAAACAGUCCGUCAACAGAACCACGUCUACCUAACCAUGAAGCAGACCCGCCAGAAAUGUUACGAAGAUCGGAAAGGACAACCAAGGGUGUACCACCUGAUAGACUCAGUCUAUAA